GGCUCUUUGUAUUUUACUUUGGAGUUUGGAACCAGAUUUACCCUGCCAAAGUGCCAUCAUGUCUGCUGACGAAGACACAGAAUUAAGAGACCUCAUCGCUCAAACACUGGAGAAUAAUGGGGUCCUUGGGAAGAUUCGGGCUGAGCUACGGGCAAAUGUUUUUCUUUCCCUUGAAGAGCAAGAUGCUGGCAAGAAGAAUUCACCAUUUGUAAAUGAAGAGCUCAAGAAGUAUCUGUCAACAAAAGAAGGCUAUCAAACAGCUGUUCUUGUGAAAGAAUUUCUAGAAUACUUUAAUUUGGACUUUACCUUGGCAGUCUUCAACCCAGAAACAAAUAUUAGUGAUGCAUAUGAAGGUAGAGAGUCCUUAGCAAGUGAACUGAAUAUUGCUGAUACUGCCAAGACGAAGGGAAAACCCCUUCUUUAUGAAAUCCUGAAGAGAAGUAAAGACACAGGAGAACCAAAUGGUAGACCUCGCUCAAGUACUGCCAUUGAUGAGGAAGCUGUCGCAAUUCCAAAGGAUCUUACCAGUGCACAGAUUGCAGAUGCCAAGGAAAAGUUUGAGAAAUAUGAUGUGAAUAAGAGUGGAUCGAUUGACAAAGAUGAACUAAGGAGUCUAUUUGUUGACAUGUUUCCCAAUUUCCAUAGGAACAUGUUAGAAAGAUAUGUUCAAGAUGAAUUUCAUGCAGGGGACAAGGACUUUAGCAGUGUUAUUGAUUUUGAGGAGUUCCUUGCCAUGUAUAGGAGAUUGUUUGUUGUUUGCCGUAGCGUUGUAUCACAUGACAUUGAAGACCUGGUUCCAACGUCUCGGAAACUCAAGUUACAAGGGCAACAGAAGAAAACAGAUGAGAGCUUGAGAAGGCAGGAUGAUAAUAUACUUGGAAACAUUGAGCGUCAAUCAACAAAGCUAGACGGUCACAUUGAGGACGAUGACGCAUUCUUUGAUGACCCUUUACCUAUCAAUGGAAGUGCGUUUGGAAACAGGAAUCAGAAACAAGCAUUGAACUCUCCUCCAAUGAGUCCUACCAAAGCAAGCUCUCUUAGCUCACUCAGUAAUGCCCCUCCCCUUGGGGGCGGGAGCAGCCUGGGAUCACUCCCACCUCUCAAUAUUGGAGGCGGAGCAAAGGUUACAGGAUCGGGUAAACCUGACUGGGAUGACCUGGAUGAGAUAGAUAAUAAGAUCUCUAAGCUGGGUUUUGAUUCAUCACAGAAAAGUGAUUCUUCUAUCAAGUCUGGUGGUAGGAGUGAAGCCAGUUAUGAAGAUGACUUUCAAAGCUCUCAAGACAGUCCAAGCCAGACACCAAGAGGAAGCAACAGAAGCAAUACAACAACAAGCAUCACAGAGGAGAUAUCAGAAGAAAUAUCUGGUGAUGAAAGCUUUUUGGCUAGCAGUCAAGACAAUCUUGAUGACCAGACAUCUGACCACACCGUGUCUCAGCUAAGUCAGAGUGGUCCAUUUGACUACAUGGAAGAGGUUCGCCCACCUACAAGCUUAUGACACUAGACUGAACCAAAGACAGUGUCAUUUUGAGACUCCUGUAGUUGGCACCGUAACAAACUUUAUUUGACAAAGGCAGGUCCUUCUCCACUACUCACUCUGCUUCUGCCAUAUUGGCUUUCUUGAUGGGUGGAGAGGCAUCUAAGUUCUGCUUCCUGAGCAAGUUUCUGAGAACAUUCUGGAGUCUUCUUCUGUAUGAAGUUCACCAAUCUGGACAUUCAACUGCAGCAGCCAGUUAUAUGCUUCUUUAGUCUUCCCAAGAACCUGCAAGGACUGGAACAACUUCCAACAAGAUCCAGCUCAGUUGGUCUCACUCUCUUGAUGUCUUCAAGGCCUUCUUGACUAGGGUGCAGGCUUAGUAGUUUCAGGAAGACUGCUUAGUACUCUAAUAUGUAUAUAUAUAUGCACCUUCGCAAAGGAAUAAAAGUAAGGCUCCACAUGCCUGCACAAACUGUAGUGUGUUUAUCUUUAGUAUCUUGUCGCAGCAAUACAACUGGAGAUGAAAUGUUCUUCAAGUCACUUCAAGGCUUCCCUUCAAGCGCCUUUGUUAUGCUUCACUUGAUCAUCUCAGCAUCAAGACUGUAUUGGGUCAUAAUAUGUGAACUCUGUAUCUCACAGGCUACCUGGAUACCUUUUUGUGUUUCCUCUCUCCCCCCACCUUUUUUUAUCUAUUUUCCUUUCCAUACCACAGACAACCUGCUUUCAAAAUAUGCGAAUCAAUCUACAAUUUUGGACUUGUUUCUUCACAGUCUUGUCUCAAUUCUAAGCAGAAUAAGAGAAAAUCUGCCAGUUAAAUUUUUACCCAUACUUAGAUUUGAACCUGCAAUCUUGCCAUUGUACAAGUAAAGCACAAUGAUGAUCCCAUUGUGCCAUGCUGACUAAUUAUUGGAGUCAUUGCAAUUUACUUCAUGGCUUUACAAUUCAUGUUUAUGAAUAUUCAUGGUGUGUAGUCUUUGAAUUGAUGGAAUAUACCCUCUUUUGAUGCUAGGAAUAAAAAAAUUGGAGGAAAACAAAUUUAGUACCUAGGGUACUUACCUUCUGAGAAGCAAGGCAUGUACCCUGCCCAUUAGGUUAACCAUACCUUUGGAUCAGUGGAGACCUUCCCUUCCUUAGCCCUCUCUUGCUUUGUUCAUUGGCCAUCGGUCAAGACUUGAUGUACAGUAAAGACUCUGAGAUGGUAGACUUAUACCUUUGACAAGGCUGAUCAACUUAAAAAAAAAUUAUGAGAGAAUAGAUGGACAGGAUAUGGUAAACUCUUGUAGCAAUGAAAUUUAGUGUAGCGAGGUGGACAAUUUCAUGAUGAAAAAUGCUGUUGAAUACAAGAGUUAUGAAGUGCCUUGAUCCAUGUUUUUAUGUCACAUUUGUUUGGCUAAUUGUACAUAUAUUUAUAUUAUUUUGCAACAAUUUUAUUUGUAUUCAUGCUUUAAAAGUCUUGUGGCUAUUAUAGAGUUUAUGUGAAUUUAUGUGUAGUCUAUUUAUUAUGGAGGGAAUGCAGUUGUAUUUUUCCCCUUUGUAGUAGAGGAAUGCUUGAAAUGGCAAACUGAAAAGUAAAAAGAGAGUAAUGAUUGUAGAAAUUAUCUGAAAUUUCUAUACAUUUUUAUGCAUCUGCCCAACGUAGGUGGUUGCCGAAGACACUAUGUUCUCCAACUGCCUGUCUCAUAAUAAAUAAAGAACUGUUUGAUAGAUGAAUUUCAAACUUGGUGAAAGUAUAGGAAUAACAAUUAUCUGAUUGGUGUGGGGGUUCAGAAGGUGAGGAGGCACUAUAACUCGGACGGUAGAGCGGGGGUUUCAGAUUCCGGUGACCCGGGUUCAAUUCCCACUUGGUGCACUAGUGCCCUUUGGUAAGGCAUUAAUCCUCAUUACCAGGUCCCUUGGAGAGGACCCUUGAGUCGUCGGUCCUGUGGUUGCUUGCUUACAAGCAUUCAUGCUUUCUUAACAAUCAGGUUAAUAUUUACCACCACUUACCAAAUGUCAUACACUUUAUUUAUAUGGGAAAAUAACUUGGGGGAUGGGGAAA